AUGGUCACCACACGGAACGGGAAGCGCACAGCCGCCGAGGCCCCCGCCGCAACUACAAACACCAAGAAGCAGAAGCUCCCGGUCAGGGCAAAGGAUGGCAAGACCGCCAGCAAGAAGGAUGAGAGCGGCAGCCGUUCGUCGUCAAAAAAAAGAUCCUCGUUUGUCGUGGAGCUGAGAUCGGAAGCCGGCACGGCCGCGGACGCGCAGGGCGUAAAGGAGCAGCAGGUCAUCACAGGCGCCGAGCAGCCCGCGCCCAGAACGGACGCCAAGGAAGGGGGGAAGCAGGUCAUUGAGGAUUCGGACGCCUCGCCCGAGUCGUUUGGCGAUGCGCACGAGGCCGCGGAGCAGCUCGCGACGGAGGCUCAGACGGCGCUCGUUGCCGAGGCAGAAGACGAUUCAGACUCGGAUGCGGCCCCCGAGGCCGUUUCUACCUCGAGGGCUGCGGUGCAGGCCAAGAAGUCUGCACAAGCCGCCAACAAGGCCAUUGCAGAACAACAAGCCAACCAGAAGCGUAAGCGCCAAGAGCGCAACGCCCGGCUCCAAGAACAGGCCGCAGCGCGCAAGGCCCAGGAGGACCCAGCGCCGGCGAAGAAGUCCGGCGAGGAAGAAGAGGAGAAGACGGAGACUGCCGAGGCCCCGUCAGUGCGGGAGGUGACCGGACGGCGGAAGAGGCUGGAUCUCCCGACCGAGCUCCCGGCCGAAUUCCUCGAAUCCGACUCGGAAGGCGAGGAGAGCGACGGCGAGACGACGGAUCGGAAGCCCCGCAAGGCGCGGAAGCUGGAGACGGCGGAGGCGCAGCUCUUGCGCGAGGCCCGCGGGCCCAGGGACGAGGUCGUCGGCACGACUGUGUUCCGGACCGUCAAGAAGGAGGACGAGAGGCUGGCGCCCAAGGCACAAAAAUACUCUGUCAACGCGAAGAAGGCAUUGUUGGCACGCGGUAGGGCGCCGGCGAAGGCGCGUAGGGGGUUCUUGGUUUAG